AAUCGGAGGCGGAAGUGAGUGAGGAAGUACGGAAGUAGAAAGCGGUGACUGGACGAUCUCUGCGACUCUUUCUCUAUUUUCAUCUCUAAACACAUUUAAUUAGCAAAAAAAAUGUCCACUAGUUCACAGUCGGCCCGCUUCCGGAAGGUGGAUGUGGACGAAUAUGACGAGAACAAGUUCGUGGACGAGGACGAAGGAGGGGACAGUCAGGGCGGACCUGAUGAAGCAGAAGUGGACUCUCUGCUCAGACAGGGGAACAUGAAUGGUGCUCUCCAGGCUGUGCUGAAGAACCCUCCAAUCAACACCAAGAACCAGAACGCCAAGGAGCGAGCGGAGCAGCUGGUGGUCAAAGUGCUGAGCAGCUUUAAGAGCAGUGACAUAGAGAAGGCCGUAGGAUCGCUGGACCGAGCCGGAGUGGACCUACUGAUGAAGUACAUCUACAGAGGCUUCGAGAAACCCACGGACAACAGCAGCGCCGUCCUGCUGCAGUGGCACGAAAAGGCUCUGGCUGUGGGAGGAGUUGGCUCCAUCGUGCGAGUCCUGACUGCCAGGAAGACCGUCUGAUUGUCUACCAAUCGUCUGAUUGUCUGCCUCCUUCUUUGUCCUGCUCCUCAUCCUCUGCUGUUGGACAUGAGCCAUUCUUUUUUCAUACUGGAACACGAGUGUCCUCGUGAUUGCAGUCAGCUGUUUUUGUUUCUAUUCUGUCCUGUCCUUGCCUUCACUGUUUGCAGUCACACCUCUGGGAUGUCGUGAUUAGUCAGCGAGGAAGGGUCAGGGAGGUGCUGGCACCUCAGACUGUCUUUGACUGCGUCUCCAGCCAGAACCAGACAACACACAUUUUGGACAACAGUCUGUCCAGCGCAGCUCAGUCAGAACAGCGUCACAGCUGCUCUGAUAUCCCUGCUGCUCCAUUGAAACAUCUCCUCAUCCUCCUCCUGCUCUUAUUCGUCUUCUGAGUCUUCCAGGUUAAAGAACUGGAAUAGACUUGUUCUUGGCCAGAUCGCCGGAACAAGUGCACGCUCGGUGCUUUUUCUUUCACGCUCUAUCGACUGUUCUUUUCUGUUUACAACAGUUCCACACAUGGCUUAUAAUAUAGUUUCUUUUUAUACCUGUAAAAGAAAAUAAAUAUAGUGCUAAAUCUAAAAUGGUAACUGAUAGCGUUCUUUUAUUUGUACGAGAAAGCGUCUGAGAAAAAAAUCUUUAGUGACUUCUGGAACAAUAAUCUAACUGGAGGGAGACCAAUUAAAACACAAUUGUCACAAAUUAAACUUGAUGUUUGCGAUGUAUUAAUAUAUCUGGUGACAUGAGAUAAGAUAUGGUCUUUUUCUGGUUUUAAAGGCUGCUGCAUUUAUAAAAAAAUGUAAUUUUAAUAUAUUUGUUGAUAAAAAAUACAUGAAUUGACAAAUUAUUCACAAUUCACACAACCCUAAUUUAUACAUAAUUUUUUUAUUGAAAUGACUAGAUAAUUGCACUGCAUUCAUGAGAAACUAUUAAUGUUGUUUAAUAACUGGUUAGACUGAAGUUAAUAAGCAUCUAAUUUAAUAUCAUUUAACAGUUUUGUAUAUCUUAUUAGAUGGAGAAAUACGAAAAAUUGGCUGCACUGAUUUCUACAACCAUUUUUAUAAUUUCUUUAUCAAAAAAAGUUAAAUUCCAACGUCUCACUCGUGCGCACACGCACACACUCCUCACCUGCUCCUUCCUAAACCGAGAAACAGUGAGUCCAUGAAUGUGACACAGGUUGAAAGAGGAGCCAUUAGGACAAUAAAAAGUUCAACAAA